AUGCCCGAGUCAAAAAGUCCGAAUUAUCUUGGUCCAAUGGGCACUGAUGCAAGCAAGAGCCGACGGGAACGAAACAGAGAGGCACAACAACAAUUUCGAAAACGAAGACAGGCUGCUGAAGCGGCGAGGGUGCAGAGACUUAAGCGACUCGAAGGCGUGGUUGAGAGAAUGAGUACGGUGAUUGUGGACUUUGCGGAUAAGAUGUUGCAAGAAGAGGUGUUGAAACAAUAUCCUGCCUUAGCGGCCGAUGUGCAGGAUGUUAUCACACAGGUUCUUGUCUUGGCGAACGAAGCCGGAGAUCCUGAAGAGACGAGGUCGAAUGAGCGGCAUGAAGAGAAAUCGCCUGAUCAUGGGGACGACGACUCGGAUACACGACGAUGUUCACAAGAUUCAGCAAGUCCAUCAGGGUUACAGAACUUACCAAUCAGCAUGCCAUGUUCCUUCGACCAACAGGAUAUGUUCAUAACAAGCUCCCCACCAGAGCACAGCCAACUCAAAGACACACCUCAGAUCGUAUAUCCAACAAUACAAAACCCGCUAUUCUACUCCCAUUCGCCUCAUUUAACACCCUCAUCCAUCACACACUCGCUAGGCUCUGGACUUUGGAACACAACAAAGCCACUAUCCCCAACAUCUGUUCCCUCUUGCCUAAUACAGUCGCGCUUCAAUAGAGAUACAGACGGAGCUGGUGCAUCAAUAAGGCUUAAAAUCUGGCAAGGUCUUUCCGAGUGGGACACUUCGGCUGAAAAGAGUAGCUUGUGA